AUGAGUGUACUUCAUGUACUACAGCUAAUUCUUAGCUCCAAGCAGACAUUCUGCUGCUACACAGUAGAAUAUGGAGGAUCUGACAGGACUUAUGUUCUCUUUCAGGAGACGCUGAUAGAUUGGUGUGAUGAAAAGGAACUAAAUUUGAUUUUAACAACUGGAGGAACAGGGUUUGCACCACGAGAUGUCACUCCAGAGGCCACUAAAGAAGUAAUAGAACGAGAAGCCCCAGGGAUGGCCCUUGCAAUGCUGAUGGGAUCACUUAAUGUUACUCCUCUGGGCAUGCUCUCUAGACCUGUGUGUGGAAUCAGAGGGAAAACUCUCAUAAUUAAUCUGCCAGGUAGCAAGAAAGGGUCACAGGAAUGCUUUCAGUUUAUACUGCCAGCCCUACCUCACGCCAUUGAUCUUUUGCGGGAUGCCAUUGUAAAAGUAAAGGAGGUACAUGAUGAGCUUGAAGAUCUGCCUUCACCACCACCUCCUCUUUCUCCUCCUCCAACCACCAGCCCUCACAAGCAGACAGAAGACAAAGGAGUACAGUGUGAGGAAGAGGAGGAAGAGAAGAAAGAUAGUGGAGUUGCCUCAACAGAGGACAGUUCUUCUUCACAUAUAACGGCAGCAGCCAUUGCAGCCAAGAUUCCAGAUUCUAUCAUCUCUCGUGGUGUUCAGGUGCUCCCACGUGAUACAGCCUCCCUCAGUACUACUCCUUCAGAAUCUCCUCGUGCCCAGGCCACAUCUCGUCUCUCCACUGCAUCCUGCCCAACACCAAAA